GUAAUUGUGGUUCUUCCCGAUGGUUCCUCUCUCGACUUUGUAAUCUUAAAUAUCUGUCGGAAAGAGAAGCGAUUUCUUAUUUCUAAGAACUGGGUUUGGACCGUUUGGUACUCGUUGCUCUAAUCGUAAUAAUAAUAAAGUUAUGCCCUUUUGUUGUUUGAUUAAAUGCCCAAGUGAGAUAUUACUUCAUCACAGCCUUUCUUGAAUCCAAUAUAGGCUUUUGGAUUCUCCAAACUUCAAAUUGAUUUGAAUUUAUAAUGGCGCUGUUCCCUCUUCACCAUGAAUUCCCCUGUAAAGAUCAUGUCUUUCAGCAUGGGACUUCAACAGGACAACUGUUUUCCUCUGCAAGGACCUUCCCAUGUCCGGCUUUCGACGUGUUGAUGAAGGCAGCUGUUACCAGCAGUUGCACUAGUGGUCUGAAACAUAGCACAACCGCUCUGGGGAGGGAUUGUAGGGUGAAGAAGAGUUAUAUGAGAUCGAUCCCUUAUUGUCUUUCAUCAAGAGGAAAGCUAUGCUUGGUUAGGGCGUCAUCAGAGUCCGAGAACAUCAAUGAGAGACUUAAGUUGUUAGAUUCUUAUUUUGGGAAACUUCAAGGCGGCGAUGAGAAGCAGCCCUCUAUCUCAACAGGUGGCCAGAAAGCUAAACUCAAUGCAGAGACGGAGUUAGAAUCUUUGAGGGUUUAUCUUGAGAAACAACAAAAAGAAGGAGGUUCAGCAGCAAGCAAACUGAAAAAGGCUGAUAUCAAAAGUAAUAAUAAUAAUAAUAGUCCUUUCCAGCAGCUGGAUGAUGAUGAGGAGGAUCAAGGAGAAGAUACGUUGAACUUCUAUACUGUGAGUAUAUUAGCAGCCAUAAACGUCGGAGUGUGUCUGUUUGAAGCAGCGGCUCCAGUGAGGAAUAACGAAAUGGGACUCUUAUCGCUUCCUUUGCUCUAUGGAGCAAAGAUAAACGAUCUAAUCGUGGCUGGAGAAUGGUGGAGGCUCGUCACACCCAUGUUUCUGCACUCUGGAAUCCCUCACGUAGCACUUAGCUCAUGGGCUCUGCUUACCUUUGGACCAAAAGUGUGCCGUGACUAUGGGAUAUUCACGUUUUGUCUGAUUUACAUUCUCGGAGGAGUCUCUGGUAAUUUCAUGAGCUUUCUUCUUACACCAGAUCCUACCGUUGGUGGAACUGGACCAGCAUUUGCGUUAAUAGGAGCUUGGCUUGUGGACCAAUCUCAGAACAAGGAGAUGAUCAAAAGAGAUGAGUAUGAGGACUUGUUUAAUAAGGCCAUUGUAAUGACAGGGCUUGGUCUCAUAUUAAGCCAUUUCGGUCCUAUAGAUGAUUGGACAAAUCUGGGAGCACUUGUAGCUGGGAUCGUGUACGGGUACUUCACUUGUCCAGUGCUUCAAUUUGGAAGAGGAAGUGAAAGACCAGAAGGGAUUGUGACUGUUGGACAGGAGAAACAGAAUAGUGGUGAUCCAUGUAAAUCGCUUCUUGUGUUCGUAGUCUUUGUUGCGGUUCUUGUGACUUGUGUGCUAGUCCUUGGGGAUGGACCGUUGGACUUCCCUACUUAUGAUGAUGUUGUCUACUCUCUCAUUUAGAGUAGCAUCAUCGAGACAACAACUAUUAGGUACUUGUGUGUGUGGUUACGUGUGUAAUUGACAAGUUAAAUAUCUGUAUUGGUUAACAAUGGAGGGAGUGCUCUUUGGUUUGGGGUAUAGCACAAUGAGAAAACUAUACUAAACUAUUCUCACGUUUUAGUUUAUAUAUAUCUCAAGGUUAUCUAUUA